UGCUCACGUCCUGACGUACGUCAUGUUGUGAAUUAUUUUCGGCCUUUAUCGAGGGUUUUCUUAGUCCGGGCUGAAAUAAUUUAUGACGUGCAUUGUUUGGUCACGCUUAAUCAAAUAGGUAGUCUAUGCCUUGAAAUCGGGAGUGAAAACGUGAAUUACGUGGGUGUAAACAACCUGCUCCGUUCAAGAAUAAUAUUCACGCAUAUAUUUGCUCCAAAGGAAAAUCCUGACACUAUCACGAAUACCACGUGCUGAUUAAUUCCCGGACUGUUAUUUCCACUUUCAUUUAAUUUGAGAUUUUACUUUCGCUUCGUGCUUGAUUAAAUAUUCGAAGUCGAGUUUCUUUAAAAGAACAUAACCUAUACUCGGUCUUAAAUGUCAUUUGUAGUUUAUAAACUCUAGUAAUUUUUUGGGUAUAAAGAAAAGGGAUUUAAGGAUGGCUCUCAUAAAUUUCGAAGGCAAUGAUCCAUGGCUGUUGGAGUAUGAUGCCUGCGAGAGACUAUUUCGAGAGAUAAUGGAGCAAUUAACACUACGAGAUCGAGAGCCACGAACAUCACAAACAUUCGCACACUUAUCAGCUAAUAUUCGCAUUCGUAUGAAAAAGUACAGCGGUGAAGUGCGCCAGCUGAAGAUCAAAGUGGAAGAAGCUUCAAGACAGCGAAACAUAACUGCUGAGGAGGCUGAACGUAGAACGAGGCAAGUCGAACAACUCCAAAGUAAAGACGUGCAGAUUCAAAGACUGUUCGACUCUCGCAGAAACGAAAUGGCCUCGUCACGUGCUGGCCUAAUGGCUCCCAGUUCUUCAGCUUUUGCAGAUAUUGGAACAACCAGCUGGGGAAUUGACGAUGACGACGAUCAGCCUCUAGAUAUUCAGGUUUCGGUAACCGAUCUUAAAAGCGAGCAAAAACGAUUACUGGAAGAACAAGAACAAGGACUAGAAGAAUUGUCUAAAGUAAUUUCAAGACAAAAACAAAUCGCUCACACGAUUCACAGUGAGGUCGAUCUCCACAACGAAAUAAUCGACGAUUUAGCAGACCACGUCGACAGAACCGAUGAACGUUUGAUUCAGGGAACACGAUCAGUGCAAAGUAUCAGUGAAAAAGAUAGAACAUGGGGCUACUGGAUUAUCAUAAUUAUUCUUUUAAUAAGCAUAGUAGUAGUAAGUUUAAUAAAAUAAUUGAUUUUGUAGAUAUCCUUUAUUUUAGGACAAAUGGCAAAUACUAAAAAUGAACUUAGUUUUCUGGAAAGAAACUUUGCUGAUUCAAUAGUCUUGCGCUUGGCAGCUUUUCAGGUUAAUUUUUGUUGCUUUGGAUACUUUAAGAGAGUAUUUCAAGUAUUUUGUCCAUAGAUUUGAAAUAUCAAUCGUGAUACGUAGUUUUCAGGUUUUGCAAUUUAUGAGAAUAAGAUUUUUGUAAAAAGAAGGAGUUAGGAAUGCAUGAGACGUUUAAAGUAUUUUUAUGCCAUGUCAUGCCAAAGAAUGAGUUACGAGAGAAAAUAAUUGUAUUAAUUGUAAUCAUUGACUGGGUGUACUAUAUUCUUCGUAGUUUACUAAGGGCACAAUGCAUUUUCA